AUGACAACUUUAUUGUCAUUACUAAUUUUACAUUUUUCAACGUUAUUACUUGCAAAAUCAAAUUCAAGUGAUUUUUACACCAACACUGAUCUGAGGCAGAUUGAGAAGGACGAGUACGAAGUAAAUUUGAGUGUCAAUAACACACGUAACUUUUAUUUGAUUCUCACAAGAACUCGUAAGCUACCGAAAGAACUUCUCAGCAAAGAUUUUUCUCUUUUGAUAAUAGGAAAUGAAUCCAUAUCUAGAUCUUACACCUUCAAUUUUCUAAACGGCUUUUCACCAAACAACUCGGUAAACGUAGCUGCGGGAUAUAUGAAAAAUAACAGAUUUUAUGGCAAAUUUGAAAUAAAUUGCUACAUCUACAGAAUAGGUGAAACUGUAAACAAGAAAUAUAAUGCAGUGGUACGUCUGGAAGAAACACGUUGUCUUCCAAAAGAGCCUUUGUUAUUUAAGAAAGUUAAUAAGAGACAGGCACUGUACUAUCGACAAGAAAAGUAUUUUUAUUACAGAUUUAUUGGCCCUGGAAGAAUAUGUAAGAUGGGUGUGAUCCUAGAUCAUUCAUACAUAUGUAAUAGCCACAAUAACGAUAUUAAUAAGGCUGUUUCUCGGUUGAGGGAGUCAAUGGAAGUGGUCAACUCCAUCUUUCGCACCACAGAUUUUGACGAAGACGGAAUACCGGACAACAUCGGAUUUGAAAUCAAACAAAUUAUCAUAAUUCAGACGUCCAAAGCUCCUUUUAAUUUGAUGCCCAGCCACAGUCCUCAUCCCGUGGACAUUUACAAAUUCAUCGCAGCUUUCUCCCAAUACAGGUUCCUCCAUGGUCUUUGUGUCGGCGUGUUGUUCACGUACCAAGCCUUCGAAGACAAGGUAUUGGGCAUGAGCUUCACCGGUUCACCCAAUCCCCACAAUUUCAACAUACUUAGACAAAUAGAAGGUGGAAUUUGCGAAACUAUGGCAUUCUAUGUACAAAAACGCGUAGCAAACGUGGCUGUUGUAUCAGUUGGCACAAAUAAAAGUCUUUCCGAAAACAUCUACGAUUUGGCACUAGCUCACGAGCUGGGACACAGCUUUGGGGCAUUACAUGACAACUCUACGCUCUGUCAGCAUCAUUUGAUGCAUCCCAUGGCGCAGGAUGGUACCGAGAAAAUCCAUUACAAAUUUUCUAAGUGCAGUAAAGAGCGAAUUAUUCAAACUGUGCUGAGUAGAGGGUAUUGCAUGGAAACUGCCAGGGAACCCUUCUGUGGAAACGGAAAUGUUCAUUUGUGCUCUUACAUAUUUUGUUCGAAGACUAACAAGUUUUCCCCAAUUCGUUUCACUGUAGAUCAACAUGUAGCCUAUCUACAACCUAUAAAUGGCAUAAGAGAGCAAGGAGAAGAGUGCGACUGCGGCAACGUGCGAACUUGCCAGGAGACCCAGUGCUGCUUUCCAAUGGAGUCCGGACCGAAGUCUUGCACUCUGAAGGGUCAAUGCAGUCCGGAAGGUCCUUGUUGCAACUCUUUGUGCCAAUUAAGGGACCUUAGCGCCCACAAUCUCGAUUGCAAAAAUCUGUACAGAGCGUGCCCGUGCUCACGUAAGAGUUGUCGGUGCGGCGUUGAUGGCAUGUGCGUGGGGCACAGAUGCCACAGCGUCGAGUGCGUUCGAAUCGGGUUGGAGGAGUGCGACUGUCCCUUUGGACACGGUUGCGGCACAUGCUGUUGGAAGGCCGGACAAUGUGUGCCAGCCCUGGAAGUUACAGAGUCUCUUUGCCGAAACAAUGAGACGCUGAUUCGUAAACUUCAGUCAGAGGACAAACUGGUAUUCAGUCCGGGUAUCAAGAAACAGUUCUGUGCGAGAUCUACAUGUGUCAAUUUGGACUUCCGAUUGAGUGAAUUGGGGGACUUCUGCUUAAAGUACGGGCUAGUUGGAUAUUGUCUUCCGGACAACCAGUGCCGUUUGCAGAGCAGUAACGGUGGCGUUCACCUACAAAAAUUUUUAGUUUAUAUAUUAUUGGUAAGCACAUUAAUUGCCGUUAAUUAAUCAACUGAUAUUUAAAUAGUUCAGUCACUAAAAGCCAUUUUAUGUUAUGUUUCUCUGCCCAUAUGAUUUAUAAUACAUUAUAUUUCUUCCAUCUAAUCUAUUGUUGAAUUACAAACAAUAACAACUACCUACAAAACACAUCAUAGCAAGUUGACAAGUUAGUUAAGGCUGGCUCAAUAAGAGCAACACUGUAAUAGAGUUCAUACACAAUUAUGACAACAUUUUACAUAAUAAUCAAUCAAUGGGUGUGCUUUAAAAAAACCACUGAGAUUGCUGAGUUUUAUAAAUUUUUUUUCAUCUAGCAUCUUGUUUCUUAUGAUAAUUUAGACAUUGCGUGUACUACUUCGUAGCAUUUCAUGAAUGAAUAUAGUUAUUUACAGACCUGUAACACUUCUCUAUGCUUUUAUAGCGUAGAAAACGUAUAGUUUUGACAAUUACUCUUAAUUAUGACACCGAUUUUGGAAAUAGUUUGGAUAUAGUAUGGUAAAUACGCUUUGGAUUAUGGAUUAGUUUAGCAUAGUUCAGUUCAGAUUAUGAUAAUAGUAUAGUUUAGUAUUAGAAUAGCCUAGCAUAGAAUAGUUUAGUAUUAGUAUUAGAAUAGCCUAGCAUAGAAUAGUUUAGUAUUAGUAUAGUCUAGUUUAGAACAGUCUAGUUUGGUUUAGAACAGUCUAUAUUGGUUUAGAACAGUCUAAUUUAGAAUAGUCUAGUUUAGAAUAGAUUAGUAUUAGAAUAGAUUAGUAUUAGAAUAGAUUAGUAUUAGAAUAGUUUAGUAUUAGAAUAGUUUAUUAUUAGAAUAGUCUAGUUUAGAAUAGUCUAGUUUAAUUUAGAAUACUGGUUUUUUAGACCGCUAUGAGCAACCGAUUGAAGGGGAGAAACAAAAUAUAAAUGGCUGAUUUGUACUUGUGCACCAAUAAUAUAUUAUUUCAUAUAUUUAUAC